AUUCAAAUCCCACAACGGUCACAAUCUAAUCCCUAAAACCCCCCCAACUUCCCCCUUCCAUCUUCAAUCCACAAACAAUGUUCAAUUUCACCCUACUCUGAUCUCUCUUCUACACAGAUACAGAACAGAAUCCAUUUUCAUUCCCUUUCUCUCUUCCCAAAAAUGGCCACUCUCACCCCAGGCAUCCUCCUCAAACUCCUUCAGUCCAUGAAUUCCGCCACCAAAGUCACUGGCGACCACCGCAGCCCCCUCCUCCAGGUCAUCGGAAUAGUCCCCGCUCUCUCCACCGCCGACUCCCUCUGGCCCCACCACGGGUUUUACGUGCAGCUCUCUGACUCCCUCAACUCCACCUACGUUUCCCUUUCCGAUCGCGACACCGAUCUCAUCCUCACCAACCGCCUCCAGCUAGGUCAGUUUGUACACCUCGAUCGCUUCCUCUUUGACUCCCCUCCGGUUCCCACCGCUGUCAACCUCCGCCCAGUUGCUGGUCGCCACCCCUUUAUCGGGUCCCCUGAACCCCUCAUUGCUCGAAUCUCCCCUUCGAAGAAUAGCUUUGUCAUUCAGCCGGUAUCGGAGUCCGACCCCUCCUUGGACCCAAUUGCCGCCUAUUUGUCGAGGGCAGGGAAGAAGGAGACCGAAACAAAGGAAAAAUAUGCAGAAAACAAGGUUAACAGGCCAGUGAUUGCCCCCAAGGAGAAUGUUAAUGUGAAUGUGACUGUUAUUUCUGGAGAUGAUAAUGCUAAUAGUAAAGUUGGCUCGGAUAAGAUUUCUCAGAGGUUUUCAUCUCCAGGGGCACUGAAGCAGAGACCGGUAUCAGCUGGAAGGAAAGCUGUGGCGGCCGAGAGGGAUCCAUCACCAGCUGGGAAGUCAGGGAAGAGGUCUUCCUCCCCUGCGCCAUCAAAAUGUGUGGUGCCCAGCCUUGUGGCCGCCAAGGAAGAAAAUAGGAGGACGGCAAAGGAACCUGCUAUAAUUGUCCCUUCUAGAUAUCGACAACCAUCCCCAACUGCUGGGAGACGGCAGGCGAGUCCAGUGGUGGCAAGGCGGAUGUCACUGUCCCCAGGUAGGAGGUUAUCAGGUGGGCUUAAGGUGUCACCCGCGGUAGACUCCUCGGGGAAGAAGAAGUUGGCUAAUAUUGCAGCUGGAAUCUCUAAGGUCUCUGAGGCACUUGUGGGGUCUGGGAAGCCGAGUCGGAAGACCUGGGAUGAUGGAUCAGCUUCAGGUGGUGGAGGCUCUUCUGAGCAUAAAGAAAAGCCUGGGUCUAAGAACAGACCUGAUUUUGAGGCCAUCUUGAGGACUCAGGCUGCUAUAUCCAGGCGUUUGAGUGAUGUACAUGAAAGCUUGCCAAGCGAUGCGAAAUCUGAGAGUUCUGUGGAGCUGGAGAAACCAAAUUGUGCAGCUCCAGUGAUCACCAUCCACGAAAAGAAAUGGACUGAUGGCAGUAUGUCACUGGACGCGGUCUCUUCUGGUCUUGCAAAGCUAGGGAAGGAUGCCAUGCAGAGGAGAAAAAUUGCUUCAACAGCUGCUGCUGAAGCUCUAGAGGAGGCCAUUGCCACGGAAUCCAUUGUGAGAAACUUAAGUAUGUUCUCAGAUCUCCUUGCAACGUCAAAGCCUGAAAAUCCAUUACCUACUAUUGAUCGCUUCAUGUCCAUUUAUGAGGACGUACUGAAAUCAACAGCAGAUGCUGAAUCAGUGGCUGGUAACUGUAAUCUGUCAGCAAUUAUUGAUAAUGCCUCAUCAGAACAAUCAAAGUCUAGUACACUUUGGGUGGAAGCUGCUCUGGCUACAAAUCUGGAGGUGGUCUCCCUUUUGACAAAUGAGAAAUUUGAGGGUUCCUCAAAAGUGGAGCAAAGUUCAAAGAAAAGACUAUCAGUCGGUGCACCUAUUAAGAAUAACAUGAAGGUCUCGUCACCAGUAGUUGGAACAUGGAGCAGGGGCCUGGGAAUGAAUGAAACUGUAGAACUUGGAAAGAGUUUGCAGUCUGAGAUGCAAAUGUGGUUUGUAAGGUUUAUUGAGGAGUCUCUUGAUGCUGGUUUUCGAGUGUUUGGAAAAUGUAAUCCAGCUACCAGCAGCGGUCUCAACUGUGGCCCAAUAGCAACAAUCUUAUCACAGCUGAAGCGAGUCAACGACUGGCUGGAUCGCGUAGCGUCUAAACAGGACGAGCAGCUGAUGCAAAAGAUUGAGCUUCUAAAGCGAAAGAUUUAUAGGUUUGUGAUUCAACACGUUGGCACAACAGCUGAGAAUAUGAUUCCAGUAGCCGCACCUUGAUUAUAUAUGUUGCUGAUAGCACUGGAAAUUCUUCAUUGUAUUUUAGAAAUUUCUUAUCUUCUUCCAAGUGCCUCAUUUCAGUUCAAAGUGAAACAAAUCAUAUAUAGAUAUCUCGUCUGGUAUUUGCAAA